AUGAAACAGGAGAGGCAAAAAGAGAUCUCGUCGCUUAUACAGGCUAGAAAGAUUUCUCUUACGAAUGGUAAAGAUGAAUCGCAGGUUAAAAGCGAGUAUCGAAAAGUUAAUCCAGUUGCCGAAAUUAUGAUGGCCAGGAAACUGAGCGGUACACAUGUUGGCGAUGAUGCUCCAGAAGUGGUGAGUUCUCCAAUUAACUUUAGUCGAUAUGUUGAUUUUUAUUUGGCAGGUUUUACUUGA